AGACGCUUCUGGAAGCCCCCGUCAGGGUUUUUUCUCGAAGCCUCUGAAAGAGUACAAAUAGCGGAGAGACGAACGGCGGGACAGAUUUUGAAGCAGUGGAGCGACGAAAGCGAGAAACAGCGAUCAAUAGCGGAGCAUUCCACUCCCACGGAGGACCAAGAUGCCUGAGAUGCAUGACCAACCAAUGGAGGAGGAGACUGAGACCUUCGCAUUCCAGGCUGAGAUCGCUCAGCUUAUGUCCUUGAUCAUCAACACCUUCUAUUCCAACAAGGAGAUCUUCCUCAGAGAGCUUAUCUCUAACUCCUCAGAUGCUUUGGACAAAAUCCGUUACGAGAGCCUGACUGACCCCGCCAAGCUCGACUCGGGAAAGGAACUCAAAAUCGAAAUCACGCCAAACAAACAGGAGCGGACGCUGACCUUGAUGGACACGGGAAUCGGAAUGACCAAAGCGGACCUGAUCAACAACCUGGGAACCAUCGCCAAAUCUGGAACUAAAGCAUUUAUGGAGGCUUUACAAGCCGGAGCCGACAUCUCCAUGAUCGGGCAGUUCGGCGUGGGCUUCUACUCUGCAUAUUUGGUGGCUGAGAAGGUGACGGUCAUCACCAAACACAACGACGACGAGCAGUACGCUUGGGAAUCCUCUGCUGGAGGCUCCUUCACAGUGAAACUGGACAAUUCUGAGCCUUUGGGCCGAGGAACCAAAGUGAUCCUCCACCUGAAAGAAGAUCAGUCAGAAUACCUGGAGGAGAGGAGGAUCAAGGAGAUUGUGAAGAAACACUCUCAGUUUAUCGGCUACCCCAUCACACUCUUUGUGGAGAAGGAGCGGGACAAGGAGGUGAGUGACGACGAGGCUGAGGAAGAGGAGAAGGAGAAAGACAAGGAGAAGAACGAGGAAGAGAAGGAUGAGGACAAACCUGAGAUUGAGGAUGUGGGGUCAGAUGAAGAGGAUGACCAUGACAAGUCCUCAGACAAAAAGAAAAAAAAGAAGAAGAUCAAGGAGAAGUACAUCGACCAGGAGGAGCUGAACAAAACGAAACCACUGUGGACCCGCAACCCAGACGACAUCACCAACGAGGAGUACGGGGAGUUCUACAAGAGUCUCACCAACGACUGGGAGGAUCACCUGGCUGUCAAGCAUUUUUCAGUGGAAGGGCAGCUGGAGUUCCGUGCCCUCCUCUUCGUGCCCCGCCGUGCCCCCUUUGACCUGUUUGAGAACAAAAAGAAGAAGAACAACAUCAAGCUUUACGUGCGUAGAGUCUUCAUCAUGGACAACUGUGAUGAGCUCAUCCCUGAGUAUCUCAAUUUCAUCAGGGGUGUGGUGGACUCUGAAGAUCUGCCCCUGAACAUCUCCAGAGAGAUGCUGCAGCAGAGCAAAAUCCUGAAGGUCAUCCGUAAGAACCUGGUUAAGAAAUGUCUGGAGCUCUUCACAGAGCUGUCUGAGGACAAGGACAACUACAAGAAGUUAUAUGAACAGUUCUCCAAGAACAUCAAGCUUGGAAUUCACGAAGACUCUCAGAACAGGAAGAAGCUGUCUGAGCUGCUAAGAUACUACACCUCAGCCUCUGGAGAUGAGAUGGUUUCCCUCAAAGACUAUGUCACCCGCAUGAAGGACAACCAGAAACACAUCUACUAUAUCACUGGCGAGACCAAGGACCAGGUGGCCAACUCUGCUUUUGUGGAACGCCUUCGCAAAGCCGGUCUUGAGGUCAUCUACAUGAUCGAGCCCAUCGACGAGUACUGUGUCCAGCAGCUGAAGGACUUUGAUGGCAAGAACCUGGUUUCAGUCACCAAGGAAGGUCUGGAGCUGCCUGAGGAUGAGGAGGAGAAGAAGAAGCAAGAAGAAAAGAAAGCUCAGUUUGAGAACCUUUGCAAGAUCAUGAAGGACAUCCUGGAAAAGAAGGUUGAGAAGGUCACAGUGUCCAACCGCCUGGUCUCCUCCCCAUGCUGCAUCGUCACCAGCACCUACGGCUGGACGGCUAACAUGGAGAGGAUCAUGAAGGCCCAGGCGCUGCGCGACAACUCGACUAUGGGAUACAUGGCUGCUAAGAAGCACCUGGAGAUCAACCCCGACCAUCCCAUCAUGGAGACUCUAAGGCAGAAGGCUGAGGCCGACAAGAAUGACAAAUCGGUGAAGGAUCUGGUUAUCCUGCUGUUUGAGACCGCCCUGCUGUCUUCAGGAUUCACCCUGGAGGACCCUCAAACACAUGCUAACCGCAUCUACAGGAUGAUCAAACUGGGUCUUGGCAUUGAUGAGGACGACACACCGGUAGAAGAAACCACUUCUGCUCCCACUGAGGACAUGCCGCCUCUGGAAGGCGACGACGACGCGUCCAGAAUGGAGGAGGUGGACUGAUCGGUCGGCUGCAGUGUUGAGAUAGUUCCAUGUACAGUUCAAAUGUUAAAACGAGUUGUCAUCAUUUCUUUCCUUAUUCCUCACGUGUUUGCAUUUGCUCAUUCAGAGCUGUUCUGAAACUCUUUAUUCUUCAGAUGUAACAAUGUAAUUGUUUUUGUAUUUAUUGACAUUCUAAUGUUGCUCUAAUUUGUAAAUAUUACUGGAGGUUGGAAUACCAGAGCACAGAAAUAAAACUCUAAAGCAAAAA